UUACUUACUCGUCCAAAUUCCAAUAAACGCACUGUCGAAGUAUUGGAGUUGCUGCCAAGAACUAUGGCGUCUGGUCUGAUUCGGAGGGCGGUAUCGGCUUCCAGAGUGGCACCGUCUGCUCGCUACGUGGUCGCGCGGCUUCACGCGUCCGAAGUGGAGGCGCAGAAGGUUGAGCCAAAGGCCAGUGGCGGAACGAAACUGAAGAAGUUUCAAAUCUAUCGUUGGAACCCCGACCGACCUUCGAAACCACAACUUCAGGAGUACGAGAUCAAUCUCAAGGAUUGUGGCCCCAUGGUUCUGGAUGCGCUCAUCAAAAUCAAGAACGAGAUCGAUCCUUCCAUCACUUUCCGCCGCUCUUGCCGCGAAGGUAUCUGCGGCUCCUGCGCGAUGAACAUCGACGGCUGUAAUGGUCUCGCGUGCUUGACGAAGAUCUCGUCGGGAGGCGAGUCGACCAUCACGCCGUUACCGCACAUGUAUGUGAUUAAAGAUUUGGUGGUGGAUAUGACCAACUUUUAUAACCAGUAUAAGAGUAUCGAGCCUUGGCUGAAGAGGAAGAAUCCACCGGAGGUUCCAGGGAAAGAGGUUUUACAGAGUAAGAAGGAUAGGGCAAAGUUGGACGGGAUGUACGAGUGUAUACUUUGCGCUUGCUGUAGCACGUCGUGUCCCAGUUACUGGUGGAACCCUGAGGCUUAUCUCGGCCCGGCUGCUUUGCUUCACGCUAAUAGGUGGAUAAGUGAUAGUCGCGAUGAAUACAGCAAGGAACGAUUGGAAGCAAUAAAUGAUGAGUUUAAGCUGUACCGCUGCCACACCAUUUUGAAUUGUGCCCGUGCAUGCCCCAAAGGUUUGAAUCCUGGGAAGCAGAUUAUGAAUAUCAAGCGGCUUCAGGUAUAGGUUGGCGUUUCUGCUAAAGUGUCAGUUAAGAAUUUGCAGAUUGAUGUAUCAUCUAUCCCAUUUUUACUUUGGUGGGGAUUAAAUUUGAAGGCUGUUGUUCUUUCCAAAUAAAUGUUUAUAGAACUUUUGAGGGCAUGUUAUCUUGGAAUGUGGGUACCUUAUGUGUUAGCUUUCAGUUGCAUUUCACAGCUUAAGUUGUUGAUUCAACUAUUUUAGCCAACUAACUAGAAGGUAUUGCUAGAUAGGUUGGUCGCAUUUUGCAGAUUGUUUUCAUGCUUGGAUGACCCAAUUGCCUUGCACCUUGUAAUUCACAAUUACCAUGUUUUAAUUUCUUCAGUUUGAAAUGAAACAGGAACCAAGAUGCCGUUUGAA